CUCUCUCUCUCUCUCUCUCACGCACACACACACCUUCCAUCUCACCUUGCGGAUCCACUAAUCAGUUCUUUUUUUCUCCUUCCACAGGUAAGCGUUGGACAGGUGUGCCGGCCCGACCAGGUCGUGUGUUCGUGUGUCUGAAGCCAUGGAGUUGCCGACUAUAAGCAAUGGCCGCAUGGAGUCCCCGGGAAGGGUGGAGAGACAGGAAAGGGUGGAGAGACAGGAGCCGGGCGUGCAGGGGCUGUGGCGGCGGAGGACUAAUCUGGAGAAGGCGCUGGUGGGCGUCUGCUGCGUGGCCCUGGUGGCUUGCGCGGCCCUGGUGGGGGUUAUGACCGCCUCUUCGUCCUCUUCUUCCUCGGCUGCCACACUCGCGGUCCCGGCACCACCACAGGCUGAGGAGCCGAUGCCACAUGGCAAGGAGGUGGAAGUUUGCGACACGCAGGAGUGCAAGCUGGCCGCCAGCAUCAUCGAGGCCAUGGACACCUCUGUUGACCCCUGUGACAACUUCUACCAGUUCGCAUGCGGCGGCUGGAUCAACAACAACCCGGUGCCCGAGGACUCAUCCCGCUGGUCCCAGAUCGACGUGUUGGCCCGCAAGCUGUCCAACGCGUUGGGCACUAUCCUGGAGGAACCCAUCGACGCCCAGGACCCUGCGCCCAUCAACAAGGCCAAAAACUUCUACCUGGGCUGCAUGGACGAGCCGCAGCUGGAGGCCCGGGGCGUCACGCCGCUCACUGACUUCCUGGACCAGUUCGGCGGCUGGCCCAUGACCAUCAACGCCUGGGACGAGACCGCCUUCGACUGGCAGGCCACGGUGGCCCAGAGCAGGGUGCAGGCCGGCUCCACCUCCCUUGUGGAGGUGUGGGUGUUUGCCGACGAGAAGGAUACCUUCUCCACCACCCUUUACAUCGACCAGACGUCCCUAGGUCUUCCUCGCUCUGUGCUCGUCAACCCAGACAACUACCAGGAGCGCAUCGAGGCCUACAAGACCUACAUCGCCGCCACGGCUAACAUUCUGGCCGAGGCACUGGGCCAGGACGGCAGCCAGGUGGCCGCCGACGUGGAGGUUGUUUUCGCCUUCGAGACGAGCCUCGCCGAGAUCACCAGAUCGAGCGAGGAGCGCCGGGACAUCGACAACAUGUACAACCCCAUGACGGUGACCGAGCUGAACACACUGACGGGCGCUGACUGGCUGCCGGUGUUGGUGCCCAUGUUCGAGGCCAGCGGCGUGACCGUGGACGGCAACACCCGCGUCAUCGUGCAGGAGCAGGCCUACAUGUACAACGUGACGCAGCUGCUUCAGACCACCAGCCAGCGCACGGUGUCCAAUUACUUGAUGUGGCGCCUCGUGAGAAGCCUGGGAGACGAGACGACGCAGGCCAUGCGCGACGCCUCCUUCCAGUACGACAUGGUGGCCAGCGGCGUCCUGGCCGAGGAGCCGCGCGCCACGCAGUGCGCGGACUCCACCAACGACUUCCUGGGGCUCGCCAUCGGCACCAAGUACGUGGAGACCUACUUCUCACAGCAGGCCAAGGACGAGGUGAACGCGAUGGUGGAAGACCUGCGCGUGUCCUUCGAAGGCCUGUUGGAGGUGAACGAGUGGAUGGACAACGCCACCAAGCCGCUGGCGAUGGAGAAGGCGGAGGCCAUCACCAAGUUCAUCGGCUACCCGGACUGGUACGGCAACACCACCGCCCUCGAGACCUACUACGCUGACCUCGCUGACCUCGAUCAGCUGACACACUUCGCUAACGUCCUGGCCCUCAAGUCGUGGUUGGCCGUCACCGAGUUCAAACGGCUGGGCAAACCGGCGCAGCGUGACCUGUGGGAAAUGCCGCCCACCACUGUCAACGCCUACUACAUGCCCGAGUACAACAGCAUCACUUUCAAUGCCGGCAUCCUGCAGCCGCCCUUCUACCGCGCCAACUCCCUCAUGGCCCUCAACUACGGAGGCAUUGGACAGGUGAUCGGCCACGAGAUUACUCACGGGUUCGACGACCAGGGGCGCCAGAACGAAAAGGACGGGAACGCGGUGCCCUGGUGGACCAACGCGACGCUCGAGGUCUUCCAGAGCCACGCCCAGUGCAUCGUCGACCAGUACGACAGCAUCCGCCUGCCUGAGCUGGACGGCCUGCUGCCCAACGCUACCCUCAACGGCGUCAAUACCCAGGGUGAGAACAUCGCGGACAACGGAGGCAUCAGGGAAGCACUUCUGGCCUACAAACUCUACACCGACCGCAACGGGGAGGAGCCAAGACUGCCGGGCCUGACUGAGUACACGCCCGCCCAGCUUCUCUUCCUCAGCAACGCCCACACCUGGUGCACGUCCAUCACCGACGAGGGGCUCCUCAACCAGGUGCUCACGGACCAACACUCCCCAUCAGAGUACCGCGUGGUUGUCCCAAUGAGCAACAUGAAGGAGUUUUCGGAUGUCUGGGGAUGUCCUGCUGGCUCCGGCAUGAACCCCAAUGACAAGUGUGUGGUGUGGUGAUGAGAGUGGUGGUGGAUGGUGGUGGUUGUGGUGGUUGAGUGGCAGUUGUGGUUGGUGGUGGUGGGUGAUGGUUUUGGUGUUGAUGUGUGGAUGAUCAUUGGCGAUUGGUGAUGAGACUGGUAAUAAAAGGUUGUGGUGAUGAGUAUGCUGUGAUUACGGUUGUGGUGAUUUGAUUGGUGGUUGUGAUGGGCGGUGGUGGUGGUGGUGAUUUUGGUGUUGUAUGGUGGGUGUGGUGGUGGUGGUGAUGAAAAGUGUGCGUGGUGAUGAUGGGGGACGAGGAUUCUUUGAGUGCUAGACCUUGUGGUGGUGAUGGUGGUGGUGGUGAAGGAUGGCGUGGGUGGAGGUGACUGGUGAUGAAGAGUGUGGUGGCGGUGAUGAUGAACAUAAGAACAUAAGAACGCAGGAGUCUACAAGAGGCCGGUAGGCCUGUACGAGGCAGCUCCUUUGACCCUAAGCUCCCGUGUAUCUAACCCCACCUAAUAUCGCUGUCCAUGAAUUUAUCUAGUCUAUUUUUGAAUGUGACAAUUGUAUUGGCACUCACCACAUGACUGUUAAGCCUAUUCCACUCAUCCACCACCCUGUUAGUAAACCAAAUUUUGCCUAUGUCCCUGUUGAAUCUGAAUUUAUCCAGUUUAAACCCAUUACUUCGUGUCCUACCCGGUUCUCUUACCAACAAAACCUUAUGAAUGUCUCCCUUAUUAAAGCCCUUCAUCCAUUUAUAAACCUCGAUCAUGUCUCCACGCACCCUUCGCCUUUCUAGAGAAUGCAAGUUUAACUGUUUGAGUCUUUCCUCGUAUGGCAAGUUUCUCAACCCCUGAAUCACCUUAGUCAUCCUCCUCUGCACCGAUUCUAACAUUUUGAUAUCCAUUCUAUAGUAAGGUGACCAGAACUGAACCGCAUAGUCAAGAUGAGGUCUAACUAAUGCUAAAUAUAGUUUGAGGAAGACUUCGGGGCUUCUGUUGCUUACGCUCCUUGAAAUAAAUCCCAGUACCCUAAUAGCUCGAUUUCUAGCUUGAAUGCAUUGUGCCCUUGGACGGAGAUCAGAGCUCACUAAGACCCCUAAAUCCCUCUCGUACCCAGACCUGCUUAUGAGAGUGUCAUUUAAGCAAUAGUUAUGUGAGGGGUUCUUCGGUCCUGUAUGGGUGAUAAAUCCUACGAACAAACUUACUAUAACAUC